GCGGCUGCCUGAGCCGGACCCACCUCACGCGCCGCCGCCGCCGCCCAGACCGACUCCAACCGUCGCCGCCGCCAGCAGCACCAUCGCUAUGGGCGCCGUGACGGACGAUGAAGUUAUUCGCAAGCGACUUUUGAUUGAUGGAGAUGGUGCGGGUGAUGACAGACGGAUAAAUUUGUUGGUGAAGAGCUUUAUCAAGUGGUGCAACUCUGGAUCUCAAGAAGAAGGCUACACCCAGUACCAACGCAUGCUGAGCACUCUGUCACAGUGUGAAUUUUCAAUGGGAAAAACUUUACUUGUGUAUGAUAUGAACCUCAGAGAAAUGGAGAAUUAUGAAAAAAUCUACAAAGACAUAGAAAACAGCAUAGCUGCAGCACAUGAAAAGAUUGCUGAGUGCAAAAAGCAGAUUCUUCAAGCAAAAAGAAUACGAAAAAAUCGCCAAGAAUAUGAUGCUUUGGCCAAAGUAAUACAACAUCAUCCAGAUAGGCAUGAAACACUGAAGCAGUUAGAAGCUCUAGGAAAAGAACUUCAGCAUCUUUCUCACAUCAAAGAAAAUGUUGAAGAUAAAUUGGAGCUGAGACGAAAGCAGUUUCAUGUCCUUUUGAGCACCAUCCAUGAACUUCAGCAGACACUGGAAAAUGAUGAAAAGCUUUCCGAAGCAGAAGAAUCCCCAGACAAUCCAAUGGAGGCAGAAGAUAAACAGUAGAU